AUGCCCGUCGUCAACAUCACAUCCAAACCCCAAUUCGACGAGCUCCUCAAAAGCCACCGCUUCGUCGCCCUCCAGGCCAGCGCAUCAUGGUGCGGUCCCUGCAAAGCCAUCUCCCCCAUGUUCGUCAAGCACUCCGACGCUCUGGGCGUUGACAACACCUACGCCUUCGCCAAGUUUGACACCGACGACGUUCCCGAUCUCGCGUUCGAGCUGGGCGUCCGCUCCCUGCCUACAUUCUACUUCUUCGAGAACGGCGACAAGACGGACAGCAAUGUCACUGGUGCGAACCCGCCGGCGUUGAAGAAGGCGGUUGAGGAGUUUUCGGUCAAGGCAAAGGGCGAUGCUGUGAGUGAUUAG